UUCUUGCUAACAAUUAAUUUUUAUUUUAGGAAAUGUGUGCAAAUUUUGAGUUCUGGAUGAAAUGGUAUGGAAAAACAUAUGGAGAAUUUAAGUUAAUCAAAGGUGAUUUUUUGGCUGAAGAGCACAGAGAAAUUGUCAUGAAUUCAUCGAUAGUAUUUGUCAACAAUUUUGCUUUUGGACCAACAGUUGAUCAUAUGUUGAAAAUGAGAUUUGCAGACAUGAAAGAUAGUGCUAGAAUUGUUUCAUCAAAAGCGUUCUGUCCUUUAAAUUUCAGAAUUACUGACAGAAAUCUUAGUGAUAUUGGGACAAUUAUGCAUGUAAAAGAAAUUACACCAUUAAAAGGAUCAGUAUCUUGGACUGGAAAACCAGUGUCCUAUUAUUUGCAUAGGAUAGAUAGAACAAAGCUAGAAAAUUAUUUUCUGCGAUUGAAAAACCCAAAAACUAGAGAGGAUGAAACAAUAGUUACUCGUGGAAGGAGGACAACUAGAGCAAAUGGUCAAUUUGUUAUUGAUUCUUCAUCUAAUGAUUCAAAAGAAAUGAAAGAAGAUGGUACAGUGUUUGGCCCCACGACUCGGAAAGCUUGGUCUGAUUGGUGUAACAAUAGAAGUAAACCAAGUCAGAGUAAUAGUAGUGGCCAUGACAGUAAUGAAGAAAAUGAUCCUACACAAACAAAAUCUGAACCAAUCGUACGUAUGGUUCGAAGACAAAGGCAGAGAAAAUUGGGUAGAAGUUCAGAUCAAAAACGUGGUCCAGGAAGGCCAAAGAAAGUUGUCAGAUCAAAGAAAUGUCGCAAACCAUUAAAAUUUAAUGGUCUUGAUUUGCUUCAUGCACAGACAAUUUUAAGUACAUCUAGUGCAGCUGCAGUUCAUUCUGAACCAGCUCCAGGAUGCAUUGAUCAAAAGCUUGAUAGUUUAAGUAUUGCAUCACCACCACCACCUAUUCAGCCCAUUAGUGAAGUUCCACCUGCAUUAGCUGCCUUGCUUGAAACAUAUAAACAUCAGUUCCUACAUUUUUUAAAUUAUAUGCAGACAUCACAAUAUAGAAAGGAAUUACAGCAAAGUAUAGAUCAAGAGAAAGAAUGUCAUGCAAAAUUGGUUACCAAAGCUUCACAAUUGGAAAAACAGAUAAAAUUACUUAUAGAAGAUAGUGUUUCGUUAUUAAAAUCUCGAAUGGAAGAUCUGGGUGUUCAUACUAAUAAUACAGUUGAUUUUUUAAAUAAAGAUUUGGUCACAGAAAAGAAAACCAGAGAAAGUAUUUUGAGUGAUAUUUCAAUGGCUCUCUUUUAUAAGCGACAGCUCCAUAACAAAAUGAUAAAAUUGGAAAGUGAAGUAAAUGCUUUAGAAAAAACUAUAUUUACACAGCAGAAACCAAAUGGCAUUUUUCACAAGUCAUCAAUUCUUUGUAAAGAUAUAUUUGGUGCCAAAGAAAAGUCCUAUGCUGAUAUUGCAUUCAAUGGACCAAGUAUUCGUGAGAGCAUUACAGUUCCUAACUUCGAAGAGAGAAUUAAAAACAUUAUAGCAAAUGCUCUAAAAGAGGAUUCCUCUCCACCAAAGUUAGAGAAGCAUUUAAAUGGGGAAACGCAAAUACCAUUCUCUCCUUUACAUACACCAUAUUGUAUUAAAAAAUCACCACAAGAUAUAGUGCCAACAUCUCUAGGUUGUAGCCCUCCAGCACCAAUUUUGAGUCCUAAGGGUAUACUUCCUGAGCCAUCAUCUGUUUCUGAACAACAAAAACAAUCUCAAGUGUACUUUAAUCAUAUUUCAUCAUCUGAUGCAACAUCACAAAUUAAAAUAGAAGAACCAAAAUUCAAUAAUUUCUCUUCAUUCAUAAGAUCAAACAAAUUAUGGGAUAUGGAAAAAAAUGGAAUUAACCAGAAUCUCAGUUAUAAUUCCAUAUCCCAUAAUAUGAAUUCUCAUAUUAAUGGAUCUUCAAAUAUCUUAGUGUGCAAUAAUGACAAUAUUACUCUAAGAGAAGAUAUGAAAUCUAUGGAAAAUGCAUCAAAAACAGAUGUUAUUCCAGAUCCUCUUCCAAUUGCUUAUUCUCCUAUUAGUCCUAGCAGAACUCCAAUAUCAUCAGAAAAUCUAGAAGAUACAAUGUAUUCUGCUGUCUCUCCUCCACCACCUUCACUUGGUAAAAUUGACUUAUUUUCUCCGUCAGAUCGCUAUCAGUCAUGUAUUGAUAGUGGUUUGGGUACAACUGAUAAUAGUACUCACACACAGUAUCAUUCAAGUAAUAUCUGCAAUAAUAGCAGCAGUGAAGACCAUAUGAAGUUUAUGGAUAUACCAAAUUCAGUCAAAAAAUCUGCAACAAAGAUUUUCUCAAAUGAUAGAGAUCCAUCUCCUCCCAUUUUAUGCAAAGCAGAUGGUGGUGGUGAUACUUCUAGGGAACAAGAGAAAGAAAGAAAGAAUUCUAAAAGCAGGCCACAAAGAUCAUCAUCUGGCAGCUGUUCAUCUACUUCACCAAUGAGUGGUCAUGAUAGAACAGAUAGCCCAAAACUUGGAAAUGGUCUAAUUCUUCACCUCGGCAAUCUUCUUGCAUCCGCAGCAAGAAAUGGAAGCUUGAAACGUGAAGAUGGAAAAAUUAAAAAAUUGAAAAGAAAGCAUUCAUCAUCUCAUAGUAGAGAUGAUUAUUCACGCUCAAAAAAAUCAAUUGGACUCUUUGAAGUGGGAAAUGGUAGUAGUACAGACAGUUCUCCAUCCUUUAAAAAAUCAUCUGAAUCAAAUCAUAUUUUAUAUUCAUAUCAGAAGAUUUCACCAAAUAUAGAUGGUGUUGUGAAAGAAAAUGGCCUCAAAGUAAAAGUAAGAAAUCGCAGCAGUUUGAGAAAAUCAGAAGGUGAUUUGGUCACAGAAAAGAAAACCAGAGAAAGUAUUUUGAGUGAUAUUUCAAUGGCUCUCUUUUAUAAGCGACAGCUCCAUAACAAAAUGAUAAAAUUGGAAAGUGAAGUAAAUGCUUUAGAAAAAACUAUAUUUACACAGCAGAAACCAAAUGGUAUUUUUCACAAGUCAUCAAUUCUUUGUAAAGAUAUAUUUGGUGCCAAAGAAAAGUCCUAUGCUGAUAUUGCAUUCAAUGGACCAAGUAUUCGUGAGAGCAUUACAGUUCCUAACUUCGAAGAGAGAAUUAAAAACAUUAUAGCAAAUGCUCUAAAAGAGGAUUCCUCUCCACCAAAGUUAGAGAAGCAUUUAAAUGGGGAAACGCAAAUACCAUUCUCUCCUUUACAUACACCAUAUUGUAUUAAAAAAUCACCACAAGAUAUAGUGCCAACAUCUCUAGGUUGUAGCCCUCCAGCACCAAUUUUGAGUCCUAAGGGUAUACUUCCUGAGCCAUCAUCUGUUUCUGAACAACAAAAACAAUCUCAAGUGUACUUUAAUCAUAUUUCAUCAUCUGAUGCAACAUCACAAAUUAAAAUAGAAGAACCAAAAUUCAAUAAUUUCUCUUCAUUCAUAAGAUCAAACAAAUUAUGGGAUAUGGAAAAAAAUGGAAUUAACCAGAAUCUCAGUUAUAAUUCCAUAUCCCAUAAUAUGAAUUCUCAUAUUAAUGGAUCUUCAAAUAUCUUAGUGUGCAAUAAUGACAAUAUUACUCUAAGAGAAGAUAUGAAAUCUAUGGAAAAUGCAUCAAAAACAGAUGUUAUUCCAGAUCCUCUUCCAAUUGCUUAUUCUCCUAUUAGUCCUAGCAGAACUCCAAUAUCAUCAGAAAAUCUAGAAGAUACAAUGUAUUCUGCUGUCUCUCCUCCACCACCUUCACUUGGUAAAAUUGACUUAUUUUCUCCGUCAGAUCGCUAUCAGUCAUGUAUUGAUAGUGGUUUGGGUACAACUGAUAAUAGUACUCACACACAGUAUCAUUCAAGUAAUAUCUGCAAUAAUAGCAGCAGUGAAGACCAUAUGAAGUUUAUGGAUAUACCAAAUUCAGUCAAAAAAUCUGCAACAAAGAUUUUCUCAAAUGAUAGAGAUCCAUCUCCUCCCAUUUUAUGCAAAGCAGAUGGUGGUGGUGAUACUUCUAGGGAACAAGAGAAAGAAAGAAAGAAUUCUAAAAGCAGGCCACAAAGAUCAUCAUCUGGCAGCUGUUCAUCUACUUCACCAAUGAGUGGUCAUGAUAGAACAGAUAGCCCAAAACUUGGAAAUGGUCUAAUUCUUCACCUCGGCAAUCUUCUUGCAUCCGCAGCAAGAAAUGGAAGCUUGAAACGUGAAGAUGGAAAAAUUAAAAAAUUGAAAAGAAAGCAUUCAUCAUCUCAUAGUAGAGAUGAUUAUUCACGCUCAAAAAAAUCAAUUGGACUCUUUGAAGUGGGAAAUGGUAGUAGUACAGACAGUUCUCCAUCCUUUAAAAAAUCAUCUGAAUCAAAUCAUAUUUUAUAUUCAUAUCAGAAGAUUUCACCAAAUAUAGAUGGUGUUGUGAAAGAAAAUGGCCUCAAAGUAAAAGUAAGAAAUCGCAGCAGUUUGAGAAAAUCAGAAGAAAAAGCAAUUUUAACAUCAAAAGAUGAUGAACGACAUCUUAUUCAUUCACAUGGAAAGCAUUGGCAAGCUAGAAUAAGUAGUGGAUUUGAUAAGUUAGUUGCUUUAGCCUCAACUCAAAUAGAUAUUCCACGAAAAGAGAAAUCUCAUAAAAGUUCUGAUGGAAACUAUACAAGCAGUAAAAAGAACAAAUCAGCAAGAAAGGAAAAAUCAAGAGAAAAUCAUAAGGAUCAGUGUACAUUUAACAUUGGAUAUUUUAAAUCAAAACACAAAGAAUUUUUUCUAAAUGGAUCAAAACAUUCAGUUCGUGAAUACAGUUCAGUUCGAGAAGGACCAACAUCAGUAAAACUAAAGGUAACUAAUUUUUCAAGUCAUAAUUCUUCACCAAAAGUUCAUGACAGAUGUGGUAUUGUGAAUUCAAUCAAAUCAAGCAACAAACUAAAUUCAUUGAUUCAGCCUCGUCGUGGUCCACGAACACCACCAGAUACACCACCUCGUACGCCAUCAGUGUCUCCAGACAGACCACCGACUCCUCAUAUGCCUCUAUCUCCCUACCAUGGUCAUAGUCCCAUAAGUAGUGUUGAUAGUCCAUGCAGUAGACAAAGUUUGAGCAGGUCACCAAGUCCAAGAAGUCUGAGUCAUAGCAGCCAACAUACAAGUCAAGGAAGUUAUUCUAUCAGUAGUCAUGACAGAAAUGGAAGGUCUGUUUCACGUUCUCGUUCUCGGUCAAGGUCUGCAAGCCCUUUUAGCAGCAGACCAUCAAGCACAGAUUCACGCAGUGAUAGAACUUCUACAAGUAGUUUUGGUAGAUUCAAUGCAAGGUCAAAAUAUGAUAAUUCUAAAUCUAAAUAUUAUUCUAAUGACAGAGAGCACACAGUGGAAAGAAAAACAAAUAGUAGUUCUUGUUACAACAGAAAUAAACAUCAUGAUAAAACACAAACAGAUAGAAAAGAAUGGGAAUGUAGCCGAAAUGGGACAGUUCUUACAUUUGCUUUGAAUGUUCCGGAAAACAGAACUCCUCCUGGACCACCAGACAGAGAAUAUGAAGGAACAAAUCGUUCUGGGAAGUAUUCUCAGUUGUCUUCAGAAUCUUGUAAUGAAGAGAAAAAAGUUCAGCAGUGGAACUAUCAAAAUGGAAUGCCUGGAAUUUCCCAAGCUGAUAUGCGAUCAUCAAAUAAUAUGUCAAAUGGAAAACUACAUUCAGAUCCAGUAAGGGUUAUAGGAAUGAAUUGUGCAUCUUACGGAGUUGUGGGAUCUCAAAAAGCACCCACUGCCAAUCAGUUACAAAUGUCUGGUCCUCCCAGUUCACUGCCAUCAGAUAAUUCUGCAAAUUAUUGUGGGAGAACACCACAAUCCUCCAAUUUACAACAGUUAGCAUUAAUAUCACCAACUUCAAUGUCAUCUUCUAGUGCAGCACCUAUGGUUCCAAUGUUGACAAACUUUUCCAUUCCACCACCAAACUUUUCUGUGCCACCACCAUCUUCAACAAGUUUAAACGGCCACCCAUCGAUACCUCUUCUCACUUCUCAUAUUAAUUCUCGAUUAAUAAAUCUCUCAGUUCCACCACCUAAUUUAAUUUCACCAGAAGUUCAAAGAUCAAUAUCCAAUAAUGCUCCAGUUUCUUCUGUGGGAAGGUUUGAUUAUGGUCUCUCUCAGCCUCAUCAGUCACAUUCACCAUUGAUGCAAACUGGAUAUACAGCAAAUCCAAAUGGAACUAUGUGUAGACCAUCUUUACAUUUACAACAGAAACGUUUAUCAAUUAUUAAUGAUUCAAAUUCUUUGCUUUCUCAUUCUUCUGGGGUUAAAAAUGGUAUAGUGCCUAAUCAUAUGCCAUCAUUAAAUGGUGUGACAUAUCCGCAUCCUUUUUCAACUCUGCUUCAAGAUCAUCAAGCUCGAAAUCCUCAUAUACUGUCCAAUGGCCACGAUCAUGUUGGACAUCAGACAGAAUAUGUAACAUCUCAUUCGCUGCCCACACAUCAGUAUAGAAUGAAGUGUAAUUCAGAUCUUACAACCUACAUUGCUUGAUGAAAUCAACAAUAGUCUGAAUUGCUUUUCAAAAAAUAAAAAAAUUUUUUAAUUUUUAUUUCUUGGUAUGUUGAAAAUUCCUACCUCAUCCAUAACAUAACAAGAUCUCAGAGAAGCCUUCCCGUUGAUGAUUUUUUUUACCAACUGGAACCAAAAAUGAAAAUGUUUAAAAUUUGAACUUUCGUCCACAUCAAGAGCUCUGCCAGUGGAUUGUGAAGUCACUGCCAUCAUUGCAAAAUUUUUCUUCAUUUGGUCUGCGUAUCCAAGCAAGUACAAAGCCAAUAAAAAAAUAACAACAAAAUUCAAAAGGAAAGAAAAAUAAAAAGUGCCUCUGCUCACAUGGGCACCUCAGCAGUCCCUGUGUAGAUAUUUUAAAAAGUUAAUCAUCUUGUGCUUUUAACUCGUCUGAUUUUCAUAGUUCUGUUUUAAAUUAUUUAGAAAGAUUUCUAUGUUGGUACAUACUAUCAAGUUCCUUCGUCUUAGCAUUCCAAGUAGAUUCACUUAUUAAAAAUAAGAAAAAAUGCCAGUACAAUAAUGUAAUAAUGAAUAUUUAUGAUUUUUCAGGAAAAUAACAACAUACAUUUUGUUUUUUGUAUAAUUUCUACUAUUUAUAUUCAGCCUCAUCAAACAGGAAUGCUCAAGAAUAUAUUCAAACUCAGAAUAGUUUCCUGUUACACAUGCCGUUUUUUAAAACAUACAUCAUUAUUUAAUUUAUAACUCAUGUCAUUUACAACUUUUUUGUGCCAUUUCUUUGUUCCUUUAUUCAUUAUCUUAGUCAUUUUUGCAUCCAGCGAUCUUCAUUUAAAUGUUAUUUUGUAUUUAUGUAUGUUUUGUGUUUAUUUAAAACAAAUGAAAUUAAGUAUACAGUUGCAUUCCUUAAGUUUGAAUUGUCAACAGAAUCCCCGUGCAAGUAAUCAUUCAAGUGCAGCAGCUACUUUAUAUUCACGAGCACGAUCGGAUCUGUCCAAGUUACAAUUUAUUAUUAUUAUAUUAUAUUAUAUUAUAAUUAUUUUAUUAUUAUUAUUAUUAUUAUUAUUUUAACUAUUUAAAAAGUUGCCAUUUAAAGUCAAUAAUUUAUAACUUAUGCAUAUGAUGUAUAGUCAGUAAGAAAUGAUAAUUUAUUAAGAGAUAAAUUGAAUAUGCCAUGUAAUGUACAGGCUGUUUGAAAAGUAGAACAUCCAAUUAUGAAAUUGAACACUAAUUUGAAUCUACAAACUUUUUUUAUCACUAUUAUUUUUAAAAUUAUAUUUCUGCAGGUGAUAUAACAGACUUCCUUGGCUUUCACUGCCAUGUUCAGGGAACUGAUUCUGUAUAAAAUCUGUUGAUAAGUGUUAAUAAAAUAGCAUAUUUCACUGCCACUGUAAUGCAGUUCAUCCCAGGAUCUAUACUGCCAAAAUUAUUUAUUCUUAGUAUUGUUUGCACUGUAUUAACUUUUGUUAGUCUGAAAAACAGUGAUCAAGCUUCUUUAUUACAAGAUUCUCUCAAUAAAGAUAUAUGGAGUCAACAAUAUAGGCACUUCAUAAAAAAUUAAAUCUGCCAUAGAUUAUGGUUCAGUUAUUACAUCUUAGUUGUGACUGAAAUUUUUGUAAAACAAGUUAAUUGAAUUAUUAAUUCAAUUUAGUUUGGAUUAUAGAACAGUACGAAAAAUUGGGACAAUCCUGUUCAACUAUUAUCAAGUCUUCUCUUUGUUAAUGUGUUAAACUAGUCUAGUUAUAUAUUUGCAUACUGAAGAACCGAAAGCUCAAUGAUUUAACUUGAAUGAAAAAAAAUCUUUCUAUUAAAAAAAAUAUAAAAGAUCCUGGGGAGUUAGAACUGAUGAAUGCAACAAUAGCCUUCCAAUUUUAGCUGUGCAUCACUAGUGUAAUUUUUUAAAAUAUACUGUUUUUUCAUAAUCAAUGUGAUUAAUUUUAAUGAAAAUUUGUAUAUUUUGAUGGUUGAUUUUAUUGCAUAUAUAGAAAAAAAUUAAUUGUAUUGUUUUACAACAAAUUGAAUAUCCUUGGUUUUUCAUGAUUGGUAUUUUGAUAUUGAAAUAAUCCAGAUGGUUUUUACUACACUGAGAUUAGCAUUAAGUAGUAUAAUAUUUGAAGUAGGACUGGUGAAAUGUUAUUGGCACAAGACAACACAAUGGGAGCAUUAAAUCUCAGAGUUUGAUUUUUGAGUGGUCAAAAAAAAAUCCUUUUAUAAAAGUUAUGAUUUAUAACAGAUGUGAUAAUUUUAAAUUCAAUUUGCAAUUGAUACUAUCAAAAAAAGAGCAUGUUUUGAUUGGAUGCAAUAAUUUGUUUAAAAUUACUUUUUCAUAUGAUACUAUGCAGUUAUUUGAUUAAUUAUUUAUAGUUUUAAGAAGAUUUUAAAUAAACUUUUUUAAUUGUACAAAUUAUGGCAAUAUACAUUUUUGAAGAGAUCUCAAAAUGUACUUAUAUAAAAAAUUAAUUUUAGACAAAUUUUAGAAUAAUUCCAUUUGUUCACUCCCACGCUUGUGCAUGUAUUCAACCUGUAAUUUGCUUGUAUUGUGAUUCAAUUAAUGAACUUUUAGCACUUUAAAUAAACUAAACAAAUGUGUGAUAAUGAUAUAAGAGUUUUUUAGUAAUGUUUGGUUUGUUGGCUUUAAUUCGUUAAUUUAACAAGCAGUGCUAUGAGGACUCAAAGUUAAUGUUGACACCUUUUAAAGAACAUUAAAUUCAAAAACUUACACAUCCACUUGGUAAACAAUCUCAUCAACAGAUUAGAAUUGUUAGCAAUAGAUUACGUUUUAUGAGGGUCCAAAAUAAAAGAUUCAUAACAUCUUGUAAAAAAUAUAUAUAUACAAAUAAAACAAACGUGCUCUUAAAUCCUAGAAGAAAGAAAACAAAAUACAAAAAAAAUAAAUCAGAAUGAAUUCUUGGCAAUCGAAUAAUUAUUAUUUUGGACAAACUAUUUAUACAUCAUGAUGUUUUAUAAAUUUUGUUUUUCCAGAAUGUUUAUUUUGAGAAUAAAAACAAAAAAAGAAAAAUAUACAAACUGCCAUCUUUGCUGUUAUAAAUCAUACUAUAUGUAUUUAUAUACUGAUAAUAAAUAACCAUAUGGAAUUAUAUUCAAAUAAUUGAAAAUGAUAAUUAAUUAAAUAAUGAUAGUAACCACGAGGUGCAUGUGAUUAUAUUUUAUGGUAAAAAAAAUAUACAAAUGUAUGUAAAUAAAAAAUUUACAUAAGUUUGCACAAUUGUAAAAAAGAAAACAUAAUAAUUAUUUGUAAUAUUUUCCAUAUGGAUAUUUAAGUAGCUGUUGUCUGCAAUAUUCUUAUGAUGCAAGAUUUUUCUAAUCAAACUUGUCCUGCACUGUAAAAACUGUAGAGAAAAAUUUCAUUCGAGUAAUGAGUUCUAGUAAAAUACCAUCUGCGACAGUGUCGAGAGAUGUAAUUGUAUAUUCAUUAAAGAUCAAACAAGUGUAAAAAUAAAAAUUUUUUUUGAGUUCAUGGAAACCAAGGAAAGUUGAGAAAGGUGUGAAGAUUAGGGUGGUAAUUCACCACAAAAAAAAAAAUAAUAAUAAAUAAAAAUUGAAGUUUCCAAAAUGAAAUUGAUUGGGAAACUCAUACAGUUGUUGUUAUAAAAAAGCAUGUUUGAGGUAUUUUUUAUUCCUCAGGAUGUGUGUAAAUUUAUUGUAUUGAUUGUUAAUGGGUGAGAUAAAGAAUGGGUGCUCUGAGCAAAAAAGAUCCCUUAAGCAGAUAGUUGACAAAUUUAAAAAUGUGUUAUCAUGUAAAGUGUAAGUUACCGGAUUAUUGUAUAAAGGUAAUUUUUGUUGUAAGUGUUUAUUCUUGUGGUUUACUUAGUUUAUUGGACGUGUCGUGCACGGUGUUCGCGAAUCUAGUAAAUGGUUGUUGUUUGUUGCUUUUAGUCAAGAUUCCAAGAGAUUAAUGGUGUUAGUGUAUUUUUAACUUUUUGGGAAUUUUGCUAAGCCAUACUAAACAGCAACAAAAAAAUUGAGAUACUUUAUUAAAGAUAGAGAAGAAUGUAAAGUGAAGAAUCUUAAAAACAGCCCAACCAAGGAAUUUUUGAGUUUUUGUUCGGUUGUUUUCAUAACAAUAGGCCUUAGGGCUUAAAAUUUUUAAAUGCAAUAGUCUCAUAUGAAUCAAUUAUUAAUAAUUUUUUGACAUUGUGCAAUUCGUGCCAUAAAACAGAUUAGAGUGGGCAUUGAUUAUUGGACUUAAGAUGUCAGCUGUCUGAUUAGGGAUCUGAUUCAUUCAAAAACAAAAACUAUAGGAAAAAUACCUUGUAGAAAAUUGUAAUUAGUGUAACAUGAUGAUGAUAAAGAUGAUGAUUAGUUGAUUAGCUGCAGAGUGUUGAGGUGAUACAUCAUCUGUAUGUAAAUUCUGCUCAGCACCAUAAUGAUGUGCAUUUAUUUCUUUGCAAAUAUUUCUAGGAUGUAUACAUCCCAUGUGUUCAAAUUUUUUUUGCUCCAGUAUUUGUAACCUACACUCUCAGUGUAGGUAUUUUCACCUUACUGUGCAUUGUACAUUCAAACAUUGUAAUAAAUAUUUUUAACAUGAUA